AUGGGUGAAGUUCGAACAUUAGUAGUUGAUAAUGGGUCAGGGUUAUGUAAAGCUGGUUUUGCGGGGGACGCAUUCCCGUGCGCUGUUUUCUCCUCAACUAUUAUGGGUACGGGGCAAAAAGAUUGCUACGUGGCUGAGGAUGAUGAAACUAAAAGCGGCAUGCCAACUUUAAGAUACCCCAUAGAACAUGGUGUAAUAACUAAUUGGGCGGAUAUAGAGAUAAUUUGGAAUCACGCAUUUUACAACAAAUUGAAAAUAGCUCCCGAAGAAUAUUCCGUGUUGAUGACAGAGGCUCCCUUGAAUCCUAAACCUAACAGAGAAAAGAUGACUGAGAUUAUGUUCGAAAAGUUCAAAGUUCCAGCUUUUUAUAUCGGAAUACAGGAACUUUUAGGCUUAAUCGGAUCGGGGAAGGGUACGGGUGUAGUAGUUGACUCGGGAGAUGAUGUUUCAUACGUAGUCCCAAUUUAUGAUGGAUUUGCCCUACCUCAUGCUAUCACGAGAAUUGAUUUUGCAGGUAGAGAUUUAACCAAAUAUUUGCAAAAUAUUUUGUCAGAAAAGGGAGGCACAACCGAAGGAGAAAUAGUGGCAGAUAUUAAAGAGAAACUCUGCUAUGUUGCGUUAGAUUUCGAAGAAGAAAUGGCGUUAGCAGAAACUUCUUGUGAAAUUAAAAAAAGUUAUGAGUUGCCUGAUGGCAAAAUUAUCACAAUAGGUGACGAGCGCUUUAGGUGUCCUGAAACAUUUUUUCAGCCAUACUUUAUUGGAAAGGAAUCGGGUGGCAUUCAUGAAAUAAUAUAUAAUUCUAUAAUGAAAUGCGAUAUGAAUAUUCGUAAAGAAUUGUACAAAAAUAUUGUGCUUUCUGGGGGAUCAACUAUGUAUCCAGGAUUGAAGGAAAGGUUAGAAAAAGAAAUAAGCGCGUUGGCGCCACCGACAAUUACAAUAUCAGUUUUAGCUCCUGAUGACAGAAAAUUUCUGACCUGGAUUGGAGGAUCAAUCUUAGCAUCUCUAUCAACCUUUCAAUCUAUGUGUAUAACUAAAACUGAAUAUGAUGAAGUUGGAUCAUCUAUAGUUCACAGAAAAUGCUAA